GUGAGAGAGAGAGAGAGAGAGCUUUCUCCAGGCCAUUAAAAGAAUAGAGUAAAUUUUGAAAAGAAGGGAAGCUGUCUAGAAACCUUAUUUCGUUUUGAAUUGCUUGCUCGUCGUAGUUGUCGUCUUGAAAUUUCUAGGCUUUUGAUCUUCGAUGAUUUGAACCUUCUUCUUCUUGAUUUCUCCGUCGUAGCCAUGGCCGCACCUUUCUUCUCCACGCCUUUCCAGCCCUACGUCUACCAGAGUCCGGAAGCAGCUUUUAUACCUUUCCAAAUAUUGGGUGGAGAGGCUCAAAUAGUUCAGAUAAUGUUAAAGUCACAAGAGAGGGUUACUGCAAAGCCUGGUUCCAUGUGCUACAUGUCUGGGUCUAUUCAAAUGGACAAUAUUUAUGUCCCUGAAAAUGGAGGCACCUGGCAAUGGCUUUUUGGAAGGAGCAUGACUAGCAUAGCUCUUCUCAAUCCUGGUCCACAUGAUGGAUUUGUUGGAAUUACUGCACCAGCUCUCGCAAGGAUAAUCCCGAUUGAUCUGGCUACCUUUGGUGGAGAGAUUUUAUGCCAGCCAGAUGCAUUUCUUUGCUCCGUCAAUGAUGUUACAAUUACCAACACACUUGAUCAGAGAGCCCAUAAUGUCGUGGGAAUUCUAAGACAGAAGCUUGUUGGUCGAGGGCUAGCAUUCUUAGUUGCCGGUGGAUCUGUUGUGCAAAAGAAUCUUGACGUGGGAGAAGUGCUGGUUGUCGAUGCAUCCUGCAUCGUUGCACUGACGGGUACAAUUGAUUUCCAGGUCAAAUACUCUGGUCCCAUGAGAUGGGUGGUCUUUGGGGGUGACAAUCUUCAGACGGGUGUUCUAACGGGACCCGGCAUUGUCUUUGUUCAGAGCUUACCCUUCCAUCGAUUUUCUCAGCGAGUUGCAAGAGCCAUCACAUCGCCAAGCAUGAGGGAAAAUCCAAAAUUCAUAAUUCAGAUUGUGAUAUUCUUCUUUCUUGCUUAUGUUAUGAUUGUAUCGUCAUUGAUCUUAACUGAUGUUUGAAUUUUCUCUUUUUUUUAUCCUUCCAUUCCCUUUCCUGAACUUCCUUGACCCAAUUUCCAUUCUUUUGCCUUCCAUUGGUUGCAAAUCUGACUUCUUUCACACUGUAGGAAAGAGUGUUCAUAUCUGGUUUUAAGUUUUAAAGAUGCAAAAGCAGAACUA